UUAUGACACAAGUAUUGUGUAGUUUAAACAAAACGUGCUAAAAUACAAAUAAAUCUGACCAACGGCGAAGCCAAUCUUUAUUCUAGAAACUGUUGUUUCUAUUAUUGUUAUGUUGUUACUAGAUUUUAAUAAAUAUAUUAAAGUGUAGGUACAUCGCUUAGAUCAGUGCGAGAAUUGUCAUGAAAUGGCAGGAUUCAUAAAUCUACUCAUUUCAUAUUUAAUGACAGUAAUAGUUUCAAGUUAUGCUAAAGUAGAGUAUAACAUAGUCGAGACAAGUAGUGGACUGGUUAGAGGCAGACUGGAUCAAUACAAAAGCAUAAAAUAUUACUCUUACAAGGGAAUACCUUACGCUGAAAGUCCAACAGGAUUUCUAAGGUUUCAACCUUCAGUGCCCAAAAAGCGUUGGUCUGGUAUUUACAAUGCAACGGAGUAUGGUCCGGUUUGUCCUCAAGUUGAUCACGUGUAUAGAAGAAACCAGAUGAGUGAAAAUUGUUUAGUGCUGAACAUAUUUGUCCCGCUUACAAACAAUUCUAUCGAAUUACUGCCAGUGGUCGUCAACAUUCAUGGCGGCGGUUUCACUUAUCUUUCUGGAGACAGCCAAGAGAUAUACGGCCCCGAAUUACUAUUACAGAAAUCAGUUGUAUACAUCUCAAUAAACUUCAGACUAGGUGCACUUGGAUUUCUAUCACUGAAUACUGAAAAAGCAACAGGAAAUGCAGCAUUAAAGGAUGUAAUACUUUCAUUAAAAUGGAUACGAAAAAACUUAAGCAAGUUUAAUGGAAGCAAAAACAAAGUAACGCUGAUUGGAAACAGUUCUGGUGCAGUUAUGAUACAUUUUUUGAUGUUAUCAAACAACACCUCAAACCUCUUUCAACAACUGAUUAUCAUCAGCGGAAGUGCAUUUAAUCAUAGAUCUUUGUCUAGAUACCCUACAGAAAUAGCUUAUGAACUAUCGAAUGAGCUGGGUAUUCAGAUUAAUAACACAGACACAAGUACAUUUUUGAAUAGCUUAACAGCAGUUGAUCCAUUUAAGAUUUUGAAUGCUGAUGAUCGAUUGAUAGAAGCCAAUGACAAUGUCUUAAGAACAUUUUCUCUAUUUGUGCCCAAUAUUGAAAUAAUGUCGCCACACGCAGUUCUUACAAAACAUCCAAAAGUUAUAAUGAAAGAGGGGCCUCCACAGAACGUACGAGUUUUGGCAGGCAUUGCCAGUAAUGAAGGUCUUUACAUGUAUCCUCAACUAUUUUCGAGAUUUGAAGAACUACAACAAAUUCACAAAAAUAAACAAAUCUUAAUACCUUCUGAUAUCGAGUAUCCUAUAAAUUCGACAGAGUCAAUAGACCUGGGAGACCUAAUAUUCAAAUUUUAUUUAAAAAAUGAUACACAAAUUACAUAUUCAAAUUAUGAUCGUAUAAUUGAGUAUAUAUCGGAUAUUAAUUAUGUCUAUGAUGUGGAUCUCUGGACAAGAAUACAUAAGCAAAGAAGUGACAGCAGAGAAUUAUAUUUUUACGAGUUUGCUUUCGAUGGAGCAUUGAACUGGGCGAAGCGUUAUUACAAUAAUCCAAAACCUGGUGCUGGACACGGAGAUGAAAUUGGAUAUCUAUAUUUAACUGCUUUAACUAAACCUUUUAUUGACUCAUUAGAUCAAAGAAACCGUCGAACGCUCAAUACCAUGCUCGAUUUAAUCACCAACUUUAUUAAGUACGGGAAUCCAACACCGGCGCAUCUGAACAGUGAUACCACAUGGCCCGAAUAUGGUAGAGAACAGAAUUACCUUGUUAUAAAUGAUGAACUGAAAGUGAUGCAAAGAAAUUCAUCGAAACGAUAUAAGAGAAUGUGUUUUUGGGAUCAAGUGUACGAGGAGUAUUACAAAUAUGUAAGAGACGGUGGAAUACUGCAAAGGAAAAUCGUGCCUUAGAUUAACCACUAUUGACUGAAAAACUGUUGAAGAACAGUUAUAUGAAAUAAUAUAUAUUUAAAGAUAAUUUAUGAAUAAAUAAACUAAAUACUAAAAA